AUGAAUUCAGCAAAGCCUUUCGCUAAUGGGGACAACGGAGCAAGAGAGCUCGAUGUUUUGAUCAUCGGUGCUGGCUUCGGCGGAUGUUAUGCUCUCUACAAGCUUCGCCAACUGGGGCUUAAUGUUCAUGUUUUCGACGCGGCCUCUUAUCUUGGAGGAGUCUGGCAUUGGAAUACCUAUCCUGGAGCUCGCGUCGACUCGGAGAUGCCAUACUACCAAUUCUCAAUGCCUGAAGUGUGGCGGAAAUGGAACUGGUCUGAGAGAUUCCCAAGCGGGGAGGAAUUGAAGGCCUACUUCAAGCAUGUUGAUGAGACUUUGGAUCUAUACGACGAGUUCUCGGGGAAGUGGACCGUGACAACAGAAAAUGGGCAGAAAGCGGUAUGCAAAUACCUCGUUUGCGCGACUGGCAGCUCAUUCAAGCCACACUAUCCCGACUUCAAAAACUUGGACAAAUUCCAGGGUCAACUCAUUCACUCGACUCGCUGGCCCACUGCGGCAAAUACGAAGAACAAACGUGUCGCCAUCGUCGGGUCCGGUGCAACAGCGAUCCAGUGCACCCAGGAGAUUGCAAAAGAGGCACGCCAUUUGACAGUGUAUAUCCGUACUGCUAGCAUCUCGCUGCCUAUGUUCCAGCGUUCCUUGAGUGAAUCUGAGCAACGGGUGAACAAGUCGACCUAUCGAAGAAUGUUUGCGUAUUGCCGGAAGACAAAGUCUGGUCUUGGGUACGAUAUUCAACCAGGCUCCGUGUUCGACUUGAGCGACCAAGAACGAGAGGAGCUUUGGGAAGAGCUGUGGAACCGCGGCGGAUUCAACUUCAACCAAGCCAACUAUCGAGACUUCUUGGUUGAUCCGAAAGCCAGCAACUUGAUGUAUGAGUUCUGGGCAAAGAAGACACGACCAAGGCUCAAGAACGCUGCCAAGUCCGCAUUUCUCGUGCCCGAGAAGGCGCCUUUUGCGUUCGGCACGAAGCGGAGUAGUCUGGAACAAGACUAUUACGAGUGUCUUGAUCAAGAUAAUGUUGACAUUGUGGACCUCAAAGUCAAUGCUAUUCAAGAGAUCACAGAAAAGGGCAUCAUUUGUCAAGAUGGGGUGGAGCGCGAAUUCGAUACCAUCGUUAUGGCUACAGGCUUCGACGCCAUGACUGGAAGCUUGACCAAUAUGAAUAUACAUGGUAGAGACGGUUUGACCUUCCAGGAACGAUGGAAAGAUGGUGUCUUCACUCAUCUCGGCCUCUGCAGCAGUGCGCCGACGGCGUUUACCAACGGACCGGUAUUCAUUGAAGCCCAAGUCGACAUAAUCGUCGAUUUGCUCAAGAAACUCCAGAGUCAAGGUAUCAAGUCGAUCGAAGCACAGCGAACUUACGAGGAAAAGUGGAAGCAAGCGAUCCAAGAAGCAAAUGACAAAACCUUGAUGCCGUUGACAGAUUCUUGGUAUAUGGGAGCGAAUAUCCCAGGAAAGAAGCGAGAACAGUUGGUCUACUUAGGAGGCAUUGAGAAGUAUGAAGAUGAAUGUCGGAGAGCUUUGGCAACCUUGGAGGGAUUUACGGUGGUCUAUGGUCCCGAUAGAGAGUCUGAUGGCAUAUAG